AUGACAAAGACAACAGACGCACCAGUGAACAAUGGCCCAUGGCCCUACGCCGCCGGUUACGACAACUGCCCCGAGGUCCUCGACCCAAUCUCCCUUUCCGUCAAGGGUACCAUCCCCCCAUGGCUCGAAGGUGCCCUCUACCGCUCUGGACCUGGCACGUAUGAUUUGAAGACGGAAUCUGGAAAGGAUGUGCAUAUCCAGCAUUGGUUCGACGGACUCGCCCAGGUACACAGAUAUGAGAUCCAAAAGGGCGGCCAAGUCUCCUACAGAUCCCGCAACACCUCGAACGACCUCCGCGCAGAAUACAUCAAGGAAGAGAAAGUAACAGGCGUCACCUUCUGCCAACGCGACCCUUGCAAGACCAUCUUCAACAAGUUCUUCACUACCUUCAAGACCGCUGCCCUCGGAGGAGGACACGUCCUGGGAGGAACCAACACCAACGUCGCAGUCAUCCCUACACCCAACUUCCCUGGUCUGAUGGACAAGAAGGAUGGGUCCAAGAAGUCGGGCAAAACCAACAUUCGUAACUUGAUCAUGACGACGGACGGUAAUGCGAUCCAAGAAUUGGACCCCGUUACUUUGGAACCCAAAGGAUUGUUCUCGUAUGGCGCAAUCGAUGACUCACUGUUGGCCAGUAACCUGGCCCCCGCCCACCCUUGUGUCGACCCCGAGACCGGCGACUAUUUCACAGUCCUCCUUACCUUUGGCCCCACCGCAGUCUACAAGGUCGUCCGCAUCCGUGAAUCGGUCAAGGGACCCGCCCGCGAACCCGACCUGGAUGUCCUGGCCGAGAUCCAAUCCCCUCGCCCCACCUACAUGCACAGUUUCUGUCUGACCAAGCGAUAUGUGGUCGUCAAUCAUUGGCAAUGCGAUUUCGCUGCCUGGGGAGUCAGUGUGUUGUGGACCGGUAAUGCUUGGGAGUCGUUCAAGAAGCAUGACCCGACUGUCAAGUCGCAGUUCUAUGUUGUUGACCGUUACCAUGGACGACAUGUUGCGACGUUCGAGUGUGACCCUUAUUAUGCCUUCCAUUCUGUUAAUGCUUGGGACGAGGGCGAUGAUAUCGUCCUCGACCUUGCUUCCUACAAGGACCACACGGUGAUUGGCGACUACUACAUUGACAACCUCCGCAACGAAACCUCAGGUAUCCCCCCUCAACAGGCAGUCCUUCGACGCUACCGCCUCUCCGCCAUCACCAAACAAGCCUCCAUUUCCAACCUCAACCGCAAACAACCUCCCACCCCCGUACCCGCAACAAUCGACUUCCAACUCGACGAAUCCAUCAACUUUGAACUGCCUUCCAUCAACCCCUCCCGCUACCUCCAACCUUACCGCUACGCCUUUGGUGUCAACCGCUCGGGACUCAACAAGACCUUGAUUUACGACAGAAUUAUCAAGGUAGAUCUGACGAAGGUCAAAGAGGGGGAUAUGGCGGGUAGUGCGACGUUCUGGGUGCAGGAUCAGUGUACUCCUUCGGAGCCCGUGUUUGUGCCAACUCCGAAUGGGACGGAUGAGGAUGAUGGAGUGUUGUUGUCGAUUGUUUUGGACGGGCGGAGGAGGACCGGGUUCUUGUUGGUGUUGGAUGCAAAGACGUUGACCGAGAUUGCGAGGGCUGAUAUGCCUGAGGGAAAGGUUGCGCCUCAUAACUUCCAUGGCAUGUACAUCCCCAACCGCGUCAACUGA